CCAGAAGGGCUUGGGUUAAGUGCGCAUGCGCUGUUCCAUUCCGCGCCAGCUGCAGCUCUCGGCUCGGUGCUUUUCUUCCUGGCACAGCAUCACACAUUUGUUCCCCUUAGAGCUGAGCGGAGCCGCGUUUCCCAUGAGAGUUUAUGACAGAUGUCUUCAGAGCCAUUUCGUCUCCUCCUGCUCAGUCAUUGUGGCUUCAAUUUGAGGAAAACGCUAACGCUCCUGAGGCUGGAGACUUCCUUGCGUGACCACAACACCUGGAUUGACUUGUUCCUUUGGCUGCCAUGAUGCUUGGGUUACAGGGAAGUACUUCAUCCCCCAAAGUGUAUCGUUGUGUGGCAUGUUCAGCCACCUUCACUGGAUUGGCCUCCUUGCUAGUACAUCAGGCAACCCAUGCUAAUGAACUCGCCAAGGUCCCUGCUCCUCCUCAGCCUAACAUCAGCCCACAUGAAACACUGCCUGCAAGUAUGGACUCAUCCAGUUCACAGACGCUCUCGCCUGAGUGCCCUUCAUCUUCUUUUUAUAUUUGUAAUUGUGGAGAGGAGUUUCAGGACUUUAAUCUUAUGCUGGAGCAUAAGCAAUCACAUGUCUCUCAACCACAGCUAAUGCAUCCUCUGGAUAGUAAUAGUGUUCUCUCUGGUGACACAGGGUGUGAUAAUGUUUUGCCUACCCAGCAUGUAUCAUUCAUUCCAACUGUAACCCAGCCUGGUUUGGUCCUUAGUUGCCCCUCUACCUCAAGGUUUCCAGCUGUCGAACUACCCACGUUAACAGACCAUAAAGCAGAUGUAAGCCUGGGGGAUAGCAUUGCCAUAGUAACACCUCCUCAAGGCCAGUGUACACCCCCUCAAGUAGACGGUGAGAAACAACUUGAGAACAUAUUGGCUGCAGCAGAGCAAAUACCAGAGACUGUAGAGGACAUGCAUUUGCAGGACAAAACAAACUCUGUUCCCAGCAGCGAAAAGGGUGAGAGUUUACCCAAAAAUAACUCCCUAAUGAAGUUGCUGGCAUCAGCAUACAUGAAGCGCUUUCCACAUCCUCCGUCUCCGACUCAAAAUGAUAAGAUAGUUAUCCCCAAACAAGAAGUUGUCCCUGUUGAUAUAACACCAGUAGCGAAAACAGAGGCGUCCUCGAUCAAUGAUCUCUCUAUUGCACAGUUGAGGCGGCUGCUAGCAAAACCCGGUAUAAAGACAAAUGCUCCAUCCAUCAGCAGAAUUCUUGAGUCUAGUAAGAAGAAGGUUGUCUGUCUGACGAAGACUUUUUCACCUGUUGUGGUUCUUGAAACCCGUCAAAAGCUCAUGGAUGCUGGCAGUAAUGGCACAUAUGGGAGAUUUCAAUGUGGCCGCUGUCGAAGGGUCUUUCAAAAUUUGGACAAACUGACAGAGCAUCAUUUCUUGCACAAAAAAGAGAGGAUCAAAUGUUGUCGUCGCUGCAAACAGCUUAUCAUUGGGCGGCUGCCCUUACCUGACAAUCACAUAUGCCCUCAGUUAGGAAACAAGACCGUACAGCCAUCAAGCUCUUUUAAAAAAAAAUUACCGUUUGCCCAAAAAAUAGUGCCAUUCCAUAGUCUAAACAAUUCAAAAAAAGUUUUCUUUUGUCCACUGUGCAAGCACAGCUACGCACGGAGGUGGAACCUCAAAAUGCACAAGUGCCAGGGCCCAGGGUCAGCAGUACCCUCUCUGCAGGCCAGUCCCUCCAAUCAGAAAAGGCUAGUAUUGAGAUCAAACAGUGAAGUCAGAACAGAUGCAGAGGUUAAAUCUGGAUUUCAAAACUCCCAAAGUGUUUCUGUGGGCACUGAAGUUACUAGUCGCAUCAAGGUAGAGGUGACCUCUCCAAAUUCAGAGCAGUCUGCAGUUUCACAGUUGGCCUGGACUCAUCCAGCAAAAAGCUUCUCACCAUUUUAUCCCAAAUCUCCAAAGAUGGAGACAAACGCAGACAGCUGGGAUGCAGCAGCAGUUGAUAAUGAAGAUGGUAAUGAAGGGCAGUGGACAAUGCCCUUGGAUGAUGAAAUGGAGGUUCUCCCCUCUACAGGGAAAGCUGGUAAUGACCGAGAGAUGAAGAAGUCUGUGUCAGUUGACGAUGCAGAGACGGCGCCACCAAGCCUGCGCUAUUUUGUCAGAGAUGGCGUGAAACGUUACCCUUGUAAAUGGUGUCAGAAAACCUACAGUCGGCCAUCUACUUUGAGGCGCCAUUUACGGCUGUGUGGAUUUAGGCCGCGUGGACCUGGGAUUGUAGCACAGAGUGGUAGUCAGGCUGCCACUCCACUAGCUGCCAACAAUAUGAAACCAAUGUUUGCUUGUUUUGUCUGUGGGAAGACCUUUAACCGCAAAGAUAACAUGAUGGUACACAGAAAGAAAUGUCAGUUGCAACGAACAAUGACCGGUGGUGGGCAGGUGAAUAGAGGGACUUUGCAGCAGAGUACGACGGGCAAUGCAUCAGACUGUCAAACCAAGGAGGAUGAUGGAGGCAACUGGGGCAUCAUGUCACUGCCCUCAGUACUUCCAAGAAGGGUGACGUGUGAAUGUGGGGUUGGAUUUACAUCUCCAAGGCUUCUCCUGGAGCAUCUGCAGAAGCAUGCACAGGAAUCCUACACAUGUCCGACUUGUGGAGAGACUGUUAGUUCCUGGGCCGACUACGAAGUUCAUCUGCAGAUCCACAUGCAUCCUCAUCAUCAGCUGCUGAAGGGACUACAACCACAACGAUCACAACCUCUGUUACUUCGAUUUCAGCAACAGCCCCCUCAGCAGCAGCAGCAGCUGCCAUCUCCGUUAGCGCAUCAGCCUCCACAGAAGCAACCACGCAAAGAACAGCUUCCAAAUCCAACAAAGAAGCAGCAGCGGAUUGUUUGCACACGAUGUGGCAACACUUUCUCCUCUCGCUGUUCCCUUCGAAGGCACGUAUCCUGGAAUCGAUGCAAAGGUGGACGGGCUACGAAUCCUGCCAACCCACCCAAAACCUAUCGCUGUUCCCACUGCAACUCUGACUUCCCGAACACAAUUAGUCUUAUGUUUCACCAAAGGAGUGGGGCUUGCAAGCCAGCCAUUAAGCCUGUACGUUGCCCUGUUUGUCUUCGCUGGUUUGGCACCAUGGACGGAUUGCAGAAACACUUGCUUACUCACAAACAGUCUGAAUCCUAUCGAUGCGAUGUCUGUCAGGGUACAUACCCAAACCUAAAGUCACUCAAAAACCACCGCAGGAGGAUUCAUCGCAUCAUGGCUGGAGACACUCAGCCAAAAACACAGUAACAGCUGACUUAACCAUUGUGUUGACUUCGGGUCAUAUUGACCCGUUUUUUAAUUUUUGUUUCAUAGCAGAAAAUAUGGGACUUAGAAAUAGCGCUGAAAAUGUGUAGAAGAAAAAUUUUACAAUUUAAAAUGUUGGAAAAAGCAAAAACAAACUUCAAGGCUUUAAAAACGUCUUCUUUUUUUCAAGAUUUACUAAUGAGGCUUAAUUGAUGCCAAUUGUAAUACUUUUGGGGGGGUUUACCGCUUAUUUUGACACUGUACAGCUCCACAUGUUUAUUUAUUUUUUUGAUUAUUUUUAGGCCUUUAUUAACUGGACAGCUGAUGAAAUGAAAGGGGAGGGGGAAUGACAUGCAGUAAAAGGCCGCAGGUCAGAAUGGAAACCAGGCCCGCUGCGUCGAGGAGUAAACCUCUAUAUAUGGGCGCCUGCUCUACCAAGUGAGCUAUCUGGGUGCUCUUAAUGUUUAUUUUUGAAGUAACUCUUGAGUGUGUAGUAGCGUGGCCAAUGUUAAAAAAAACAACCUUUUUGGCUUUAUCAAUUUCUUCAAUUUUAUUACAUUCCCUCAUUAGCCUGUAAAUGUUUCUUAGUAUUAGGUAAUCAAACUUUGAUCACAGACUUUGUAAUGUAUCCUGUUGUUCAUGGUGUUAAUAAACCUACCCAUAAGUGAAA